AUGGCUGGAGGAGGUGGCGAGGCAGAGCCUCGAUCAUUAGAACAAACACCAACUUGGGCUGUUGCAAUUGUUUGCUUGGGUUUUGUCCUCAUUUCUAUAACAUUAGAACAAUCCAUAAAUUUGAUUGCCAAGUGGCUUGAAAAACACCACAAGAAAGCCUUAGGCAGAGCACUGGAAAAGAUUAAAGCAGAACUGAUGAUCUUGGGGUUCAUCUCUCUGCUGCUUGCAAUUGGGCAGAGGCCAAUUUCAGAGAUCUGUAUAUCCAAAAGCUUAGGAGACACAUUACUUCCUUGUUCUAAAGAGGAGAUCUCAGCAGAGCAUACAAAAGUAAAGUUUGUAUCAGUAAGAAACCACAGAAAGCUCAUGCAUUCAAAAAUGUUAAUGAGACAUAUACUAGAGGCUGCUGUGGAUCAAUCUGGCCACUGUGCCAAAAUAGGAAAAGUGCCUCUUAUCUCCCAAGAUGGUCUCCACCAACUACAUAUCUUCAUCUUUGCAUUGGCGGUCUUUCACGUUUUAUCCUGCAUUAUGACCAUGGCCCUUGGACAGACAAAAAUGAAUAAAUGGAAAACAUGGGAGCAAGAGACGAAAACUUGGGAUUACGAAUUUUCAAAUGAUCCUGCCAAGUUCAGGGUUACUCGAGACACAACUUUUGGAAGGAGGCAUUUGAGCUUUUGGUCCCGAACUCCAAUUUUCCUCUGGAUUGUAUGUUUUUUCAGACAAUUCGUUAGGUCUGUGCCCAAGGUUGAUUACCUCACACUUCGCCAUGGCUUUAUACUCGCCCACUUUGCUCCACACAGCAGAUUUGACUUCCAAAAAUAUAUAAAUAGAUCACUCGAAGAUGACUUCAAUGUUAUCGUCUCCAUCAGUCCUCCUCUAUGGUUUUUUGCUGUCUUAUUUAUAUUUCUCAACGGGCAUGGAUGGUUGAUAUAUUUAUGGCUAGCAUUCGUCCCAUUGAUUCUGCUUGUAAUUGCGGGAACAAAGCUCCAAGUCAUAAUAACAACAAUGGCAUUACAAAUUCAAGACAGAAAUGCUGUUGUACAAGGUCCUCCAGUGGUAGAACCCAAUGACCAACUAUUUUGGUUCAGUCGUCCACGCUGGAUUCUCUAUCUCAUUCACUUCACUCUCUUUCAGAGUGCUCUCCAGUUUGCAUUUUUCUUUUGGGCAUGGUAUGAGUUUGGCUUAAAAUCUUGCUUCCAUCACAAGACACGAGGCAUCAUAAGUAGAAUAAGUGUGGGGAUUGUUGUACAGAUCUUAUGCAGCUAUGUAACUCUCCCCCUCUACGCUCUUGUCACACAGAUGGGCUCAAACAUGAAAACCACCAUAUUUGAUGAGCGUGUAGCGGAGUGUUUGAAGAGAUGGCACAAAGGUGCUAAGAGAAACGUUAGACGGAACAAGAUGAUAUCAGCUGAUAUAUCAAACGGACGAACUACUCCAGUGGAGGGAUCUUCUCCAAUGCCGCGUCUACUUCGCAGAUACAAAAGUACAGAAGAUCUGUCUCAAUAUGAACUAAGUUCAGAGAUUGGCAUGAAUACUCCUUCACCUCCCUGUCGGCCUGGCCAGAAAGCUACUGCUUGCAAGGAACAUUUGGAAGGACAUCCGGACAAGAGUGCUUUAGAGGUGAAGAAAGGAGCUUCAUGGCAUCUACCCAACAAGGAAGAAGAAGAUCUAAACACACAACAGGUUGAAGUAAACAGUUCAGAUUUCAGCUUUGCUUACUAACUCAAA